AAAAUGACACUUGAAUGUGAUCUAAGUUACUGCUGUUAAUUAAGUAUGUUAACAAGUAAGAAGAUUUUCAGACUAUAUCUAGAGAGCACAAAAUUAUUCAGUAAAACAGACCAGAAAUUUGCUUUUUUUUCAAGAGUUCAAUGAAGAGAGCUUUUGUGGAGGAGAGCAAAAAAAGAUAUUAUUUUAUCAUUAACAUGUACUUUUUAGUUUAAAUAGGUUUUGACCAAUGUAUAGAUGUUGUGAAGAAGAGCCAGCAAAGAGUUAAAGCUUUGUCAUGCAUGCUGUUCCUCUAGUGAAAGUAUUUCCUGGUGAAAAUAAAGCCAGGCAGAGGAGAAGUGAAGAAGCAAGGAAUCCUAGAUUUUGCCCUUAGGGAGACAUUAAACUGUUUUGCUUCGAUUUUUGGGACACUGCUCUUCCCAUAGUUGAAAAACUGUCCACUUUUUGUGAAAUCUUACAUUGCCAUAGGAAGGGCAAUGCUGAGUGACUCCCAUGCUCCAUGGUUAUCAUCUUUCAAGUGAAUGUUAUUUGCUGAAUUCAAAUUGAUUCUCUUUGGGUUGAGCAGAAAACAUGGAGAAGAGAAAUGAAUGAGCAUUUUCGAGCAAGAUGAAGAAUUAAAAGGAGUUCCUAAUGCCAGAGUCCCAGCUGAAUUCCAUCAGAAACAAACAUGGGUUUGGUAUGCAUUUCACAGAUGAUGGAGGUAACUGUUCCUUCCCAUCAUCAAGAAGAGAGCAUUUACUGGCAGCUUAGAAUCACUACAAAGAUAAUUCAGUGUAUUAGGGUGGUAAUGGUUCUACAGAGCUAGAAAUCUUUCUCCUUAACUUCAGACUGUACAUAAGUUUAUGGCUUAGAUUAGACCUGGAGAGGAUGAUUGGAUCUUCAUUGUGGGCAAAAAAAUAUUCUUUCUUAAUGCCUUCAUUUCCCUGGCAGUAACACUACAUUGUCUUAUUGCAAUUACAUUACAAGAAAAUGAUCUUGAAUAGACCUGAGUGCAUCUGACUUGAUAAAUUGGAUAAUGACUGAUCAGUAAAAAUAUGAAUUUUGAAACAGAUGUAUGGCACAGGUAAGUAUGACUGCUUUUCUUUGUACUUUUUGCAGUACUACCCACUCGUAUUUUUUAUGCCUCCAAAGGCAUGUAUAAUGGUAUAAGGGCACUUAGGCAUUGGCUUUCACAAUAACCUUUGAACUUCAAUGAAUUGCUAAAGUCUGGGAAAUGAAGGUCAGGACAGCAGUUAAGUGAACAGUAUAUCAGUAUCUGCUUUUCCUCUUUUUUUUUUUUUUUUUUUUCCUUAUAAUUUUUGUUGUUUGGUUGGUUUGUUUUGUUUUUUAAAUUUGCUUAUUUGUUUCUUUUGAAGUAGAUCUCUGGGGAGGCUGAACUAUCCUGGGAAGUUCCUCUUUCUCCCCAAUGACUUACCCUUCUGGGAAUUUGCUCCUUCAGGCUCAGUAAUAACAUUCUGCCUUCUUAAGGAAUUUGUGGGAGAGAAGACAAUUAUUAAAAUCAGGAACUUCAGAUUUAAGUUUUGGUUUUUUUUUACCUUUGAGUGCUCACAUGUUGCCACGAAGGCCAAGUUUGUUUUUAAAAAGUGCUGUCCAGAUAAAGCUGUCGUGGUAGAAGAGUAAACGACUAGAAGAUAAUGGUAGGGCUUAUUCCAUUGCAAUUGGCAUGUGCAGUGUUAGAUCUCUCUUGAGCAGAGAGCAGACAUUUUGAUGUUCCAUGUGUGGUCUUGCAGUUUUCAGGGAGUAAAGAAAUACUGAAAACAGUAUGCAAAUCUUUCCUUUCUUAACAAAGUCUGUAAAUAUUGUGGAGAGAGUUCACCUUCUUUAUAAUUAGAUUGUGAAUGUAUGCAAGUUCACCACAGCAACUGAAACUGCCUGUAUUCUAUUUUUAGUGGAUUUCUUAGUAAAGAAGGUGUAGCAGGUAGGACUAGAGUAUCUUGUUACACUAUAUCAUUACACAUAUAUUAACUUUUGUUUGUAUGCACAACCUGCAAAAUUAAGAAGCCUGCUGUUAUAGUUUCAGAAGAAUGACACAAUACAAAAAGAUCAACAAUACUUCAUUGCAGCUAAGGGGAAAAUCCCCUUCUACUUUCAUCUUUAAAUCCUCAACAGAAGAAAGCUGUUUUACCUGGCUCCACACCUGCAUAGUUAAACCAGAAGACAAAGAUGCACAAAACCAUACUGACGAAUCACUUUCAGAUCUCAAGAAAAGCUGCAAGGAAAAUGUCACCUGCUCCUUGUGCUUAUUCCGUGCACCGACCAUCAGUGACAUGCUCAAUGAUGAGGACUUGUUGUACACAGUGAGGCUAAAGCUGGAUCCCUGCCAUCCAACAGUGAAAAACUGGAGAAAUUUAGCAAGCAAGUGGGGGAUGACUUACGAUGAAUUGUGCUUCCUUGAACAAAAGCCCCAAAGCCCCACCUUGGAAUUCUUGCUACGGAAUAGUGACCGGACUGUGGAGCAGCUGAUUGAUCUCUGUAAAUUUUAUAAGAGAAUUGAUGUUGUGAAAGUGCUGCUGAAAUGGGUGGAGGAAGAAUGGCCCAAGAGAGGGAACAGAACUUACCAGAAUGACUUCUAGGUCAAAGUAGGUUGUUAGUCUGUAUGUAUUAAAUGCUAGCUACCAGUAAUACACUGGAAGUUUCCAUUGCAAGAGAGAGAAAGCCUGUACUGAGGAUUUGUAUACUGUGUAGGCCUUAUCUACUGUAUACACAAAUGUAAGCUUUAUGCCCUCAGGGUUGCAAAGAUAACCUUCCAAAAGUGGAUGGAAUCAUCCAGGUUGUGUUCUCGAGUCUGCAAAUACCUUCAGUUUCUUUGCUGCUGUUCACAGCCUUCCUAAACAGAAAAGGAAUGAAAGGGCCAGAGCACUUGUUUUACUGCAGCAGUUGUGAACCAUAUCAGUUGUAAUUGGGAAAGCCACAGUUAGAAGGCAAGUCUCUUGGCUUUACUAGUAGCCUUUCCACAGUUUUGUGUGUUCUACCUAGUACAAGAUGAGGUGGAAUUUUUUUCUUCCUUUUUAGUUGUUUUUUAAGCUUUGUGAUACUGUUUUUAGCACAGGAACAUCUCAGUGUUCCCAGCAGCAGUUUGGAUAUGAAUGUUACAAUUAACUGAAUACUCUACAUCACAUUUGAACAAAUUAAGUCUCUUUUAUGAACAAGAGUAGACAUUAAACAAUAACAGAUGGUAAACAAAAGAAUUACACAUGCUACUACAUCAUAGGCCAUAUAUUUGCUCUAAGAAGAAAUCAUGCAAUUCAGAGAGACUUUUCAACCCAUAACCCGUGGAGGCCAAAAGAUCCAAUUAAAAGGCUCUAUGCUUAAAAUUACUUCCCAAAGGUUUAAAGACAGUGUACAUUCUGAGUGCAUGUAUCAAAUCCCUCUCACUUUGCAGUACGAGAUGAUGGCAGCACAGGGUAUUGUUAGUAUUGACUAUAACUUCACUUUUCACAGGCUGUAGUUUUCUUUAGUCCUGUGGGCUGGCCUGCUUUCUGUCCCACACCAUGGCAGUUGCAGUCUUGUGUGAAAGUAGCACUAUAUAUUGAUUAAAGCCACUCUAAUGGAAAAUGAACAGCUGAAUUCACAUACAGCCCAGGUCGGUGGUUAUUAAAGCACUUACAGUGGUUUAGACUGUUUUUUGUGGGUUUUUUUUUAAGGAUUUUGAUACUCUGAAUUACACUGUUUACAUUUUAAAUGUUUCAGAAUUGGCCUUUUUCCUACCAUUCUUCUGACAUCUCAGACAAUGUAGUAUGUACAUAGGUGUAUAUACCAAAGCACUGGUCAAGAUGUGGGGCAAAACUUAGAAUGGGGUGCAGGUUGAUACACUGUUUACUUUUCUCUAGUAGAAAUAAUAAGACUUAGUAGUGAAGCUGAGGGAAGUCUAAUGCUGUAUGCUGAAUUUCUUACUGUAAGAGACUGAAAAGGGACCUCUAUUAAUACUUUACUAUAGAUACUGAGUGGUAUGGUUACAGAGGAGCUAGAAAUAAAGACUAACAUUUUCAAUGUCAGGCACUUGUUCUUAGCUGACACAAAAUUAACUUUAUUUUAGUGACUUCAAGAAGCUGAAAGUCUUGUUUCAGGGUAAAGAAAUUGACCUAAAUUUGAGGUUUUAAUUUUUAGUUUUUUAGAAAAGACUGGAAUCUGUAAUGAAUUUUUUUUAACCAUUCCUCAAAAGAAGCUGCUACUCUUUAGAACUCUAGUUUUCUAGCUGUAUUUUAGGGAGGAAGUUUUACUGCUCUGUCUUGUUGGGGCUGCAGUUCAAGUGUUUGAUGGUUCUCUUCUGAGCAUGGGUGUUUCCCAACAGAUGUCUGUCAGCUUGUAACUUUUGCCAGUAAUCUUCUGUCUUGUGUUAGAGGCUCUAGAUUCAGCUUUGAGGACUAUUGCUGUGCCUGGGCUGACUGCUGCUUUCAGUUCCUACUGCCAAUGUGCAAAUAGCUCAUAAUCCAGCUUGUCCAACAUAAUUCCCAUACCUUGGGCUGACUGCAUGCAUGAUUUAAGAUCAUAUGUCUGUGUGUUAAGUUGUUCUUCUGAGUGAUGAGUACUGGCAUGUAUGCACACAGCUUUUCCCUUCCAUAACAUACCACAGGUAUAUCUGUGUGGUAUUACAAUAUGCUGUGCUUUGGUAGAUCCAGACCAGCUAGGAGCUGGAAUACUCACCUAAGAAUCAGAAUGGGAAUAUGAAAUGAUGCUGUAGCAUUCCUGAAUCAAUGUGUCCAACUGAAAUCUACUCCUUUUCCUGGUUUCUGGGAUUAAACUUGUAAAAUUUUGAAGAAACUCUGUUGUCUUAUGAAGAUCAGUUUGAUCCCUUGAAGCUCUUCAAAAAUUAAUGUCAGAUGCAAGAGUUCAUGUCGGAUGGAAAUAAAGCUGCUUCUGAGAGUUGAUACGUGGAUUCUGUAUAAACUCAGCUCUGUAGGUCGAAAAUGUUAGCCUUAAACUUCACCACACACUGGAUUACUCAUUACUAUACUUGAAAUACUUUUUUUUUCCUCCUUGUAUGGCAUAAAUGGAGAUGUACACACUCUUUUUAGUUUUAUAUCUGUUUACAAGAUAUUGGUUCUGAGUGUUCAAUUUAUUCUUAUGUCUUCUGUUUUAAUGUGUGCUAUUUUUAGAAGAAAUACAGUUGUCAAUGUUUGACUUUAUUGUAUUGUUUUUAUUACAGAUAGGAAAAUAGCUGUUUUCCUUCCCACCAGUCACCUUUCAAUUACUGAACUAUCAAUUAGUUAUUCUGUGUCAAAAAUACUUUAUAUAUGAAAAUCAUGGUGCCUUAAAGCACUUAUGUUUGCAACACAUACUGCUAUUGAAAAAAGGAAGAUGCAUUUUUUUAAUCUUUUCCAUAUGAAAAAUGAGUUAAUUUUGAUAAGAUGAUGAACAAGAACAUUUAUCUAGAAACCUGUAGCUGAGUUACUGACUAAGACAGUGAGACAUAAAGGUAUGAAACCUGUAUGGGGUGAACUUUUUCUGAAUUAAUAACCAAUCUGAUACUGGACAAUAAAAAGGCUGUACUAGGC